AUGGACAUUCUGUUUAACACCAAGAAAGUUUCUAUAAACGGUUAUGAAUAUACAAUUUUAUUACAUAAUGAGGCUGUAGAACAAAAUAAUGGGAAUGACGCUGCUUCCUGUGCCUUACUAGCAUUAUGCAAUGUUUUGUUGUUAUCUCCUGGUCUAGCCAAUAUGGCAAGAAAUUUAAUCACUUUAAUUAAUAGUAAGCAACAAGUAUCCAAAAGCGACCUUGUUCAAACAUUAAGCUACAUAGGUGUACAACAAAAUAAUACAAUUAAUAUCAAUCAAUUGUUACAAACUUUGCCGAACUUAUGCUAUCAUACAGAAACAACAUCAAACCCAAAUUUCCAACAAUGGGAGACUCUAACUAUUGAUCCUGUUUUCAAUGGUUCUUUCGAAGAUGGCAUGAAUAUGUCAAUAUUCAGAUUAUACAAUGUGGGCUUGGUACAUGGUUGGAUAAUAAGUCCUGAGUUGGAUCUUAUAGCGUACGAUCAUGUAUCUAAGUACUCAUAUGAGAAUGCACAGAGAGUCCUUGUACAAUCUUAUGAUAUCAAUAAAAAUAAUAUACAAAUUGCUAAUGCAGAUGCAAUAUUACAAGAUGCAAACUAUUUGAAAUCCUUUUUAGCCAGAUCAGCUACACAAUUGACAGAUUAUGGUUUGAAUCACUUAAAAGAGAUUAUGGUUGAAAAAUCAUUUGCUGUUUUAUAUAGAAACGACGGAUACUUCACUUUGCACAAAAAUAAUGGUGAAUUAUACAUCCUUGUAGUAGAUAAUAACUAUACUGACUCUAAUGAUAUUGUCUGGAAGUCAUUAAAAUCUGUUAGCGGGAACCAGGAUUCAUAUUAUACUGGAAAUUUCAUUCCUGCUAGUAUUGAAAGAACUGUGACUCAAGCAACAACAACAUCAAAUCCCAUGCAAGUUGAUCAUACUAUAUCUAAUCCAUUCCAUGAUAAAAAUGAGGACAAUAUAGGAGAUAAUCAAGUACAUCAACAAGGGGAUGAUCCACAGCAACAAUUACAGGAUGACGAAUUAUUAGCUAGAAGAUUACAAGAACAGGAAGAUGAAGAAUAUGCUGCAGCACUAAGAAACACAUAUAGGACUGAUAGGCUACCCAAUAAUGGAAAUCGUAAUGAACGUGGGAGACAAUCUAAAUUCGAUAGAGCAGAUAGGUACAAUCCUGAUCCCAUGAAUAAAAAUAAAGAAAAGAAGAAAUUAAAAAAUAAACUCUUCUCCAGGAAGAAUAAAUCUGGUAAUGGAAAGAAAAGUUCUGAUUGUACUAUCAUGUAA